UUCCUUAUCAAAUCUUAUAGCUUAGGCCAUUCUCUUUCCAUGUCCCCUCUCUCCCUUCUUUCACUCUCUCUCACUCUCACAUAAGGGGGACAGUUUUUUUUCUUCUCAACAACGUGUCUUUAAGACUUUCAACGUAGGAGAGAAAGAGAUGGAAGAAGCAAAAAUGGCAAGAAAAGCUCUAAUAUGGUCCAUGGUUAUGGGGUUAGCCCUUAGUUUCAUUGCAAAUCAUGUUUAUGGAGAGCAUUCUCUGGUGGGUCAAUUUUCUGGUAGUCAUUAUCAUGACCAAAUACGCAAAAUGCAAGCCUUCAAGGACUCCUUUACCCAGCCAUCAAUAGCUCCUUCUCCUAGCUAUACUCAGCAACCACAGCAGCAGGCUGCAUUCAGUGCACGUGUGUAUCACGUGACAUCAUAUGGUGCAGAUCCAACAGGAAGAAGGGACAGUACAGAAGCAGUGCUUAGAGCUAUAUCAGAUGCAGUCCAAGGUUCAAGUGAAGGGUUAUUGAUGGAGGGAAUAAAGAAUCUUGGUGGUGCACAGGUUAAUCUUGAUGGUGGCAAUUACCUCAUUAGCCGACCUCUACGAUUGCCGGCCACCGGGUUAGGCAACCUCAUGAUACAUGGAGGAACACUGCGUGCCUCAGAUGAUUUUGCAACUGAUGGGUAUCUGAUUGAUUUGUCAGCUUCAUCAACUAGCAACAAUAACGAAGGAAAUGGAGGGAGCUCCGUGGGUGCACAGCUAUCCUCAUCAUCAUCCUACAAUUAUGAGUACAUAACCCUCAAAGACCUCAUGUUGGAUUCAAACUACAAGGGUGGAGGCAUUGCAGUCAGAAACUCACUUAGGACCAGCAUAGACAACUGUUACAUUGCCCAUUUCACUAGCAAUGGGAUUUUAGUCCAAGGUGGCCAUGAGACCUACAUAAGAAACUCCUUUCUUGGCCAACACAUCACUGCCGGUGGUGAUCAUGGCGAGAAAAUGUUCUCAGGCACUGCAAUAAGCCUAAUGGGCAAUGAUAAUGCUGUCACAGAUGUGGUAAUUUUUUCAGCUGCUAUAGGAAUAUUAGUUUCUGGUCAAGCCAACAUAAUUUCUGGGGUACAUUGCUACAAUAAGGCCACUGGCUUUGGUGGCACUGGGAUUUAUCUGCAAUUGCCCGGUUUGACACAAACGCGGAUCGUUAAUUCUUACUUGGAUUACACUGGUAUAGUUGCUGAAGAUCCUGUGCAACUUCACAUCUCUAAUACAUUUUUCCUUGGUGAUGCAUAUAUUGUCCUGAAAUCAAUAAAUGGGGUGGCAAAUGGGAUCAACAUUGUUGAUAACAUGUUUUGUGGUUCUGACAAAGGAGUUGAUACUGUUCAAUUGGAUCAAUCCAAACGACCUUUCAAAGAUAUCAAACAAGUUGUGAUUGAUAGGAACAAUGUCAAAGGGAUGAACAUAAAGGCCACAGUUGCAAGGGGGUCUGUGAAUGGGGUAGGAAACUCAUGGGUUGUGGAUUUCAACAGGGUUCUAGUUUUUCCUAACCUUAUUAGUCAUGUGCAGUACUCGUUAAGUUCUACUAGCAGCCAAUUCCCUAACCAUGCCUUGAGGAAUGUAUCCAAUAACCGGGUCCAGAUUCAGACAAGUUUGAAUGUUUCAGCUAGCGUAUUUGUUACAGUGGAUCAAUGGGUAGCAAAUUAAGCUGUCCUAAAUUGUUGGAUCAAGAAAUUUUGACUGGCAACUGUGAAUAGCUUGCAAGGAAUUGAUCCCUUUGUCAAAAGUCUUAUCUUCAAAGAAAUUAAUGUUGUUAAAAUUUGAACUUGUAUAAUUAGACACAUUGAAUUGAACUAAAGAAAAGGUUCUAUAAUGGUGUAAAAGUCUAAUAGGUACAGACGUACAGUUCAAAAAGUAUUUUCUGUGAAGUUCGCCUUUUGGAACUAGGUGUCAAUUGAC